AACAAAUUGCUUCGAACGUUGUCAUGAAAAUAAAAAAGUUGAUAAUAGUCACGCUGUCCGCGCUGUUAGUUACGGUCAGCAGUGAACACAAAGUUCAACCUUCCUGUGGUAAAGUGAUUGCCAACGUCCGUGAACUGAUCGUCAAUGGACGAGAUACUGUUGAGGGGAAAUGGCCGUGGCAUGCAGCCAUUUUUCACCGCAAAGGUCCAUCAACGGAAUACGUCUGCGGUGGAACCGUCAUCAGUGAAAAUUUUAUCUUGACGGCAGCUCACUGUGUCAUGAACGCGGCGAACGGGUUUCCACUGGCCCCAAGUCGGAUAAUUGUUCGACUGGGAAUUCACGAUCUGCAUGAGAUACAUCCAUCAUACGUGCAGCAGCACAAAGUCGGGAGAAUAUUUAAGUUUGCGAACUUCACCCGAUUAGUCGAUGACAUUGCGGUGAUUGAGCUUAAUACAUUCAUUAAGUUUGCAGAUUAUGUCCAACCGGCUUGUGUAAGUGUGGAACCAAAUCUUGUUGGAGAGUUUGGUACUGUUGUUGGAUGGGGGUUAACAGAAGAUGACAAAACGUCUCAAAUUUUAAAAGAAGUGGACAUUCCGGUGGUCGAUCCCGUUGCAUGCUUAAAAACUGAUCGAGUGCUUUUCGGUCAAACUUUGGACGAUGGUCUAUUCUGCGCUGGAUAUACAAAUGGAACGGGAGUAUGCAAUGGUGAUAGUGGAGGAGGCUUAUUUUUCCGAAGAGCCAAUAUUUGGUUUUUGGGCGGCAUCGUGUCCUUUGCACAGAUUCGCUCAGUCGGAUCCAAUAAAUGCUAUACGAAGGGUUAUGCAGCGUUCACGAAGGUGCAUCAUUAUCUCUCGUGGAUCAGUAAAACGACGGGAAUACGUUUUCAGCGAAUGCAAGUUUGUAAAGCAGUGGAACCCAAUCAAACGAAUGUAGCUUCGAAAUUACUUCCUCGGCAUUGUGGCGUUUAUAUUCCAAACCGUGUUGCUAAUGGUACAAAAACCAAAGUGUUUGAAUUUCCUUGGAUGGCUUUACCAGUACUUAACGAUGAGGAUUUUCUUUGCUCAGGAACUUUAAUCAGCAAGCGCUAUAUUCUUACGGCUGCCCAUUGCUUUAUGACUCCUUUACCUAACAAAGUGCGUCUAGGAGAGCACACAAUUGGUCAAGAUAUCGAUUGCAAUGACCCGGAUGAUUGUGCUCCACCAGUUCGAACUUACGACAUUGAAUGCAUCACUACACAUCCAGGUUUUGCUUUUGGCAAGUCGGCCGAUGACAUUGGGCUGGUACGCUUGAGCGAAGAUGUUCAAUAUGAAGAUCAUAUUCAACCGAUUUGCUUACCGCACAAGCUGGGUCUCAGAAACUAUCAACCUCCCCGAUACCUGCUCACUGGAUGGGGCCAGCCGACAGUAUUCGGAGGAAUAUCGAAAGUCCUACUAAAGGCAACCGUUCUAUCAACCAACAAAUCCGAAUGUUCGAAACAUAGUAAGGAAACUCUUACCGAGAAACAACUAUGCGUAGGAAGACAGUACACUGGCGCUUGUUCCGGUGAUAGCGGAUCAUCGUUGGGGUAUGGAGCCAAAUUGCACGGAAUGCGAUUUGUACAGUUCGGCAUAGUUUCAACAGGAUCGGAGAAAUGUGGUGAAUUUCCUACGACCUAUGUCAAUGUGUCUUAUUAUAUGGAUUGGAUCAUCGCCAACAUGAAACCGUGACAAUUCGUUAUUCGUUUAGGGGAUAAAAAUAGACUAUGCAAUUGUCACUACUAUAACCAAAACUGACCACAAUUAUUGCGAAUUUUAUUGCCAGAUUUUUAUUUAGAAGUUCUCUUAGCUCUAGCGACAAAAAAUUAAAAUGUAAAGAUCAUGUUUAUAUCCGAUUUCAUGUACCUGAAAUUGAU